AGACGAGUCACAGUCAGAGAGAGAGAGAGAGAGAGAGAGAGGGGAGAAAAGCAGAAAGAUUGUUUGCUGAAGACAGAAACCCUAAUAUCAAAAUUCUCCAAUUGAAGAGCCACGAACAAUCAAUCCAUCAAAAUCAUAUCCGAUUUCCUACUACUCUCCUUUAAUCUAUCAAUCAAUCAACCCGAUCACAAUUCUCUGAGUUAAGUAAUAGUUGCAUAGAAUGGAUUUGAGCGAGCUGUUGGCGAUUUUCGGACCCGGCGUCUCCGGUGCAGUAUUCGCCACUGGGUGGUGGUUUUGGGUGGACGCCGUCGUUUGCAGCUCUGUCAAGGUCCCGUUUGUUCACUACCUGCCAGGGAUUUUUGCGUCUUUGUCUGCUUUGAUGUUCAAUUCCGUGAACAAAGAGGAUAUUGAUUACUCGCCGUAUGCAGAGGGUGAAUGGAGGUUGAAGCUCUGGCUUUUCAUAGCAUAUGUUGUUUCGUUUGUCUCGUUAGCUGCAUCAGUCGGCUUAUUGAUACAAGAUGCACUUGUGGAAUCUGGUCCUUCUGCAUGGGCCGGGGUUGCAGGUGUUCUUCAAUGUGUGUUUGUCCUAAUCAGUGGCCUAAUUUAUUGGAUAUCUCAUUCGGAAUAAAGCUACUAUGUGCAGAGUGUCAUCCUUCAGUGUAAACUGAGAUUAUUUGUGUCAUCCAUUUGUGUAAACCGAGGUUAUUCGUCUCACACAGACACGUGAAGUUAUAGAGAGAAUAAAAUGAAGUAAGUCAUUUGUGAAUCUAAUGGUGCCUCCUGUGUUAUUUUGCUCGUACAGU